AAAUGACACUCGGCCAUUUUGCAUAAAUUUCGACGGCACACACAAUUAAGCCGAAGAUUUUUAUAAUUUUCCGCUGUAAAAUCACAUAGAAAUUGUGAAAAUUUGUGUAAAUAUAUAGCUCAAGUGGUACUACGUCGAAAUUUUAUGAAUUAAAUAUGGCACGUUAUACUCAACGACCGGAAAAUGCUUUGAAAAGGGCGAACGAAUUCAUUGAAGUGGGUAAACCCUUGCGUGCCUUGGAUACGCUGCAAGAGGUGUUUCGCAAUAAACGUUGGAACUAUGCCUACUCGGAGACGGUUAUUGAACCCCUUAUGUACAAGUACUUGUACUUGUGCGUGGAGCUUAAAAAGUCCCACAUUGCGAAGGAGGGUCUGUUCCAGUAUCGUAACAUGUUCCAGUUGGUGAAUGUCAACUCAUUGGAAAAUGUUAUCCGUGCGUACUUGCGUAUGGCCGAGGAACAUACCGAAGCGGCUCAAGCUCAGUCUUCAGCUGCAGUUGCUGUUCUCGAACUGGAUGAUUUGGACAACAUUGCUACUCCAGAAAGUAUCCUUAUGAGUGCUGUAUGCGGAGAAGAUGCUCAAGAUCGUUCGGAUCGUACCAUCUUGCUGCCAUGGGUAAAAUUCUUGUGGGAAUCUUAUUGUCAAUGUUUGGAAUUGCUACGUAUUAACACCCAUUGCGAAGCCCUGUACCAUGACAUUGCCCGCAUGGCUUUCCAAUUUUGCUUAAAGUACAAUCGCAAGAGUGAAUUCCGUCGUUUGUGCGACAAAUUGCGCAAACAUUUGGAAGAUAUUUGCAAGAGCACCAAUCAAACAACUGGCGUUUCCAUUACUAAAUUGGAGACCCAACAAUUGUGUCUUGAGACCAGAUUAUAUCAACUGGACUGUGCCAUUCAAAUGGAAUUAUGGCAAGAAGCUUACAAGGCUAUUGAGGAUAUCCAUGGCCUUAUGGCUUUGUCUAAGAAGGCUCCACUUCCCAAGACUAUGGCAAAUUAUUAUCAAAAAUUGGCCAUGGUUUUCUCUAAGGCAGGCAAUCAGUUGUUCCAUGCUGCCGCCUUGUUGAAGCUCUUCCAAUUGACUCGGGAAUUGAAGAAGAAUUUGACGAAGGAGGAUAUGCAGCGUAUGGCCUCUCAUGUUUUAAUUGCAACAUUGUCCAUUCCAUUGCCAUCUGCUCAUCCAGAAUUCGAUCGUUUUAUUGAAGCAGAUAAGAGUCCAUUGGAAAAGGCUCAAAAAUUGGCUGUUUUAUUGGGUCUUCAACAGCCUCCCACCAGAGCUUCCCUCCUUAAGGAAGUGGUUCGUUUAAGUGUGCCACAACUUGCUUCCGAAGAAUACCGCAAUUUGUACAACUGGCUUGAAGUUGACUUCAAUCCCCUCAAUUUGUGUCAACGCGUUCAAACUGUUGUGGAUGCCAUUGAAGCUAUACCCGGUGAAAACCCAUUAGUUCCCUAUGUUCGACCAUUAAAGGAUGUCACCAUUAUGCGUUUAAUUCGUCAAAUAUCGCAAGUUUAUGAGAGUAUUGAAUUCUCUCGCCUUUUGAAAUUGGCUCCAUUCAGCAAUAUUUUCGAGUUAGAGAAGUUAUUGGUGGAAUCGGUUCGCCACAAUGAUAUGCAAAUCCGUAUCGACCAUCAAAAACGUUGUAUUUACUUCGGCACCGACUUGACUGAAAGCCAACGCGAAGAUCAUCCUGAUGGCCCAACAUUGCAGUCCAUGCCUUCCGAACAAAUUCGCUCGCAAUUGGUCAACAUGUCCACUGUUUUACAUCGUGCUGUAUCUAUUGUCUAUCCCAACAGGGAACGUGACCAACGUGCUAAAUUACGCACCCAAAUGGUGCAACAUUACCAUGAAAUCAAGGAUCGCGAACACCAACGUAUUUUGCAACGUCAAAAGAUCAUUGAAGACCGCAAGGAAUUCAUCGAAAAGCAAAAUAACGCUCGUGAGGAAGAGGAGGCCCGUCGCUUGGAAGAAGAGGCUCGUAAAGCCAAAUUGGCUGAGCAAAAACGCCUCGAACAAGAAAACGAAGAACGUGAACGCAAACGCCACCAAAACGAAAUCCAAGCUAUUAAGGAGAAGAGCUUAAAGGAAAAGGUUGAGCAAAUUGCUCAAACUGCUCACGGAAAGAAAAUUUUGAAAACUCUUGAUGCUGAGAGUAUUAAGAAGUUGGAUCCUGAGCAAAUUGCAGCUCGUGAAUCUGAAGAAUUGCAGAGAGAACGCAAGGAAUUGCAAAACAAACUUAAAUCUCAAGAAAAGAAGAUCGAUUACUUCGAACGUUGUAAGCGUAUGAAGGAGAUUCCACUCUUCGAAAAGUAUUUGAGUGAAAAAAUGGUUAAGGACAAAGAGUUCUGGGAAGCUCAAGAAGCUACCCGUAUUGAGAAUGCCAUUUUGGAACGCAAAGACGCUGUGGCUCAACAAGAACGAUUGAAACGUAUGCAUCCCGAUCGUGAUGUAUUCUUGGAGACCCUGAAAAAGGAACGCGCAUCCAUUUAUGCCAAGAAGCUUGAGCAAUUCGAAAUUGCUUUGGCUGAAGAGCGCAAGAGGCGUUUGGCUAAACGUGUCGAGCAAAGACGGGAACAACGUCGUCAACAGUGGUUACGUGAAAAAGAGGAGGAGCGUAUGCGUAAGGAAGAAGAAAUUCGUCGUGCCAAGGAAGAAGAAGAGCGAGCUAUUGCAGAAGCCCGUCGUAAGGAAAGAGAAGCCGAAGACGAAAAACGCCGUAUCCAAUAUGAAAAACAACGUGCAAAAGAGGAAGAGGCCGAACGCAGAAUUCAAGAAGAAAGAGAACGCUUGGCUCGUGAAGUGGCUGCCGAAAGAGAACGGGAGAAGCCCGCUGACAAAGGCAGGGAUGUUUGGCGUGCACGAGGUGGAGAUCGUGGUGUUGAACGUGGACCUGAAAGACGUCCGGAACGUGAAGGUGCAUCGGAAGGUGCUUCGGAAUGGCGUCGUGGUGGUCCACCAGCAACUGGUGAUCGCGACCGUGAACGUGAACGUAAGGACGGCGGCGAAACUAAUGAUGGCGGCAGUUCCUGGCGUACACGUCGUGAAGCUGAACAAUCUGCUGCCCCAGCAUCACGUGAUGAUAAAUGGCGUCGUGGUGGACCCACUGAUGAACGUCCACGCGGUGGAGAAUUCCGUCGUGGUGGUGGCGAACGUGAUGAACGUCCUCGUGGUGGUGGUGAAUUCCGUCGUGGAGGAGAUCGCGAUGAUCGUCGUGAUGUCCGCCGUGAUGAAAAUACCACAGGAAAUUGGCGCGAUGCUCCACGUCCCGCUGCUGACCGUGACAAUCGUGAUAAUCGUCGCCCUGGUGGCGAUCGGGACCGUCGUGAACGUUCUGAUCGUGGUGCAGCUGGUGCAAAGGAUUCCGGAAAUUGGCGAACUGAACGUCCUCCAGUCCGCGAAGAAAAAGAGAAGCCUAAGCGCGAGCAACAAGACAAGGAAAACAAGAGCGGAGAUGAUGGCGAAUGGACCAAUGUCAGACGUCGUUAAGGGAAUAAAGAAUACUUCUUAUAUACAUUUGUACUCUUAUCAAAAAUGAUGAUGAACCCCCUCCUGCAUUUUUUUCUAAACACAAAUUUUUAUAUACAAACUACUAAUGCUAAUUUUUAAUCUGUAUUUUAUUUUUUUUUUUUUUUAAUUUUUAAGCGUUAUUAUAACUAUGUUCCCAUUAAUAGAUCCAUAAUGGGAAGACACAUCAGUAAAUAGGGGAUAUUUUUUAUGUGAAGAAUCGGAAAAUCACAUUUUUUCUAAUACCGCUACAGAAGUUUAUUGAUUUCCGUUCGCCGAUAACCGAUGACACGUACUGAAGUAAAAAGUUGCCACAGACACUAUAAAUAACUGCAUAAUCCUCUACAUACAUCAUUACAAAUGUUAACAUCAAACAUAGAAAAAUAUCUGAUAUUCUUAAAAUGUUAUAAAAACAAUUCAAUAUUUAAGCAAAUAUAUUACAGUAUAAUGAAAAUAA